UAUUGGACGACGUAAGAGUCGGAGCUGGCUCGGGUAAAAAGGAAUGGACGCUCCGCGACGCAGCAGCAUCCAUAACAAGUGAUGAGGGUUUUAUAAAAUACGACAGUCACAUCCCAAAAUAUAAAACGAAAGAACGAAGAGCAGCCUAUAUAAUGUAUGGCUUUGUGAACCACGCGUUGGAGCUGCUCGUACUGAGGAACUAUGGUCCGGGGAUUUGGGAAGAUAUCAAGCGAGAGGCCCAGCUGGAUGUCGAGGGCCAGUUCCUAGUGAGAAUUAUUUACGAUGACGCAAAAACCUACGAUCUUGUGGCAGCCGCCAGUAAAGUCCUCAAAAUCGACGCAGGGGACAUUUUACAGAUGUUUGGGAAGAUGUUUUUCGAGUUUUGCCAGGAAUCUGGAUACGACACUAUCCUGCGAGUGUUGGGGUCAAACGUCCGCGAAUUCCUCCAAAACCUGGACGCCCUUCACGACCACCUGGGCACCAUCUACCCCGGGAUGAGGGCCCCGUCGUUCCGCUGCACGGACGCGGAGCGAGGCAACAACCUGAUCCUGCACUACUACUCCGAGAGGGAGGGACUGCAGGACAUCGUGAUCGGCAUCAUCAAGACCGUGGCCCAACAGAUCCACGGCACCGAGAUCGAGAUGAAGGUGAUCCAACAGAAGAGCGAGGAGUGCGACCACAUCAAGUUCCUGAUCGAGGAGAAGGACUCGGAGGAGGAGGCCUUCUACGAGGACCUGGACGGCUUCGAAGAGAACGGCACCCAGGAGACCCGCAUCAGCCCCUACACCUUCUGCAAGGCCUUCCCCUUCCACCUCAUGUUCGACAAGGACCUGGUGCUCACGCAGUGCGGGAACGCUAUCUACCGUGUGCUGCCCCAGCUCCAGCCAGGGACCUGUAACCUCCCGUCGGUCUUCUCCCUGGUGCGUCCGCACAUCGACUUCAGCUUCCACGGCAUCCUCUCCCACAUCAACACCGUGUUCGUCUUGCGGAGCAAGGAGGGCCUGCUGAACGUGGAGCCGGUGGAGAACGAGGACGAGCUGACGGGCGUGGAGAUCAGUUGUCUGAGGCUGAAGGGCCAGAUGAUCUACCUGCCAGAGGCCGAGAACAUCCUCUUCCUGUGCUCCCCCAGCGUGAUGAACCUGGACGACCUGACGCGCCGCGGCCUGUACCUGAGCGACAUCCCGCUGCACGACGCCACCCGGGACCUGGUGCUGCUGGGGGAGCAGUUCCGCGAGGAGUACAAGCUGACCCAGGAGCUGGAGAUCCUCACGGACCGCCUGCAGCACACCCUGAGGGCCCUGGAGGACGAGAAGAAGAAGACCGACCGAUUGCUCUAUUCCGUCCUGCCGCCGUCUGUUGCCAACGAGCUGCGCCACAAGCGGCCCGUGCCGGCCAAGCGCUACGACAACGUGACCAUCCUGUUCAGCGGCAUCGUGGGCUUCAACGUCUUCUGCAGCAAGCACGCCUCGGCCGAGGGGGCCAUCAAGAUCGUAAAUCUGCUCAACGAUGUUUACACCCGCUUCGACAUCCUGACCGACACGCGGAAAAACCCUUAUGUAUACAAGGUGGAGACGGUGGGAGACAAGUACAUGACUGUGAGUGGGCUCCCGGAGCCCUGUGCGCACCACGCCCAGUCCAUCAGCCACCUGGCGCUGGACAUGAUGGAGAUCGCCGGCCAGGUGAAGGUGGACGACCAGCCCGUCCAGAUCACCAUCGGGAUCCACACAGGAGAGGUGGUGACGGGGGUCAUAGGUCAGAGGAUGCCACGCUACUGUCUCUUUGGCAACACGGUCAACCUCACGAGUCGCACGGAAACCACAGGAGAGAAGGGCAAGAUAAACGUCUCAGAGUACACCUACAGGUGUUUGCAGUCGGCGGAGAACUCGGACCCUCAGUUCGAUCUGCAGUACCGGGGUCCCAUCACCAUGAAGGGGAAGAAGGAGCCCAUGAAGGUGUGGUUCCUGUCCAGAAGAACUCCCCUAGAAGGCACCGAGAACUGAACUCCUUCUAAACGGCCCGGUAGAAACGUACAACGAAAACCAUUUCCAAACACCCGUACAACAAGCGUACAACAAAAACUCCUUCUAAACGGCUUGGUAAACGUAAAACAAAAACCAUUUCUAAAUGCCUGGUUAACAUACAACAAGAAGCUCCUUCAAAUCGGCCUGGUAAACAUACAAGGAAAAAAAUCGAAACACCCGGUAAACAUAAAAUGAAAAAUCAUUCUAAAUAGCCCGUAAACAUACACAGAAAACUCCAAACUCUGAAGAUAGAAAACAGAUUGAGAAUUGGCACAUUCGCAUAGGCUGUUGAACUGGAGUUUUUCGUCAGUGUAGUUGCUGCGGUUUGUGGGUGGGUGGGGCAGAGAAUUUACCGCAAACCUGCCAUUUAAUUUGGGUGAACACGACAAUUUUGAUUUCAUUUUGAGUGCACUGCCCACCCCCCGUGCCCCCCUCGGUAACCUUGGUUACAUCUUGAUUCCUAGCUAGGAAACAUGACCAGCAUUACUUCAUCUCACAGUGUGGUGACUUCCUCCUCCAAGCAAUUUUAGGAAUAUAUGUCAAAUUAGCUCAUUGGAUGAACGACACCAAAUAUUGUAAAGUAUAUUAUAAAGAUAACAAUAAUAUAUUAUAUAUGGUAAAGAAUUUAUAUAGUAUAAGUACAUAUUUAGCUACAUGGAUUUUGGUCAAAAUAGUUUUAACUUCAAUUCCCUUUUUAACGGUUAAAUUCAUAUUUUUAACUCAUCAUGCUUUGCUGUCAUUCCAGAGAAGUAGUCAACCCUCUCUUAGUGUGUUCCCUAACUCUCUAGUGUGUAUGAGUGUGUUCCUUAACUCUCUAGUGUGUUUGAGUGUGUUCCCUACCUCUCUAGUGUGCUUGAGUGUGUUCCCUACCUCUCUAGAGUGUAUGAGUGUGUUCCCUAACCCUCUCUACUGUAUAUGAGUGUGUUCCCUCACUCUCUAGUGUGUAUGAGUGUGUUCCCUAACCCUCUCUACUGUAUAUGAGUGUGUUCCCUCACUCUCUAGUGUUUAUGAGUGUGUUCCCUCACUCUCUAGUGUGUAUGAGUGUGUUCCCUACCUCUCUAGUGUGUAUGAGUGUGUUCCCUAACCCUCUCUACUGUAUAUGAGUGUGUUCCCUCACUCUCUAGUGUUUAUGAGUGUGUUCCCUCACUCUCUAGUGUUUAUGAGUGUGUUCCCUCACUCUCUAGUGUGUAGGAGUGUGUUCCCUCACUCUCUAGUGUGUAUGAGUGUGUGCCCUAACUCUCUAGUAUGUAUGAGUGUGUUCCCUAACUCUCUAGUGUGUAUGAGUGUGUUCCCUAACUCUCUAGUGUGUAUGCGCGUGUUCCCUAACUCUCUAGUGUGGACGUCUAUGAUUGUGUACACACAACAUAAUGGCUCCAACGACCGUGGAAUUGACGACGAUUCUCCUGAUAUCAAACCGUAAAGUUUGAUAUCAGUUUUUAAUAACAUAACAGGAGAGCGUUUGUAGACUCGUUUGAACAAAGACGGGUCCCAAGUCCUGCUGGUUCGGCGUGGAGGGCUCUAACCAGCGACAGUUCUUUGGACACCCUGGCCACCCUCAUGGUUCUCCUCUGACAGCCCUCAGUGGCGUCCGCUGAUGGCCCUCGCUGGCGGCCCUCGCUGGCGGCCCUGAGUGUCGACCGCUCCAGAGUUAAGAUCAGUUGAGGCUUACGCAAUCCUUGGAGUUGUUUCCAUUCACCAGCUGGGCAGCUUUAUACUGUAACUGUUAGGAUUGUACAAUGUGUGAGUUUCUAUACAGUCAACAAUACAAGGAUCGUUGUGAAACACCAUGGGGACGAUCACGGCAUUAUGGAUUAUGGGUUUACAUGUUUUGAAAAGUGUCGUCCUGUGUUUCUUUGCUAGAAAGAUGUUGUUUAGGCCUACUUGUUCACGAUCAAAUCGUUGGGAAUAUGUUUCACAGCAUUCCUUCUUAUUUGCUCAUAGAUGAAAGAUCGUAAAAUGCUUCAAAUGUAUACAGCUGACACACGAAUAAUAAGAAAUAACUUUUUCUACUGUUCUAUGUACCAUGUUUGAAACUCAUCUUGAUGAUAUGAUAUAUUUUGUCUUGUUUAGUUCCGUUAAUCUUUUAAGAAUUUUUUGUAUUCGUGAAAUUCAUACACUUUCUUUCAGGAAAUGCAGAACUUUGAACAAAAUCGAAAUAUGCCAAUUUUAGUAAGUUUACAUGGUUUUUCGUAUACCACAAACUAUAUGGAUAAAAUAUAAAUUACACAUGUCACGAGCAAAAUACAACUUAAUAUGAAUCAACAAAAGUUAAUUUGUAAUGUAUUAGUUUCACUAUAUAUUAAAACACACUGAUAGAAAAAUGAAAAAUAUAUUUUGUUGAAAAGAAAGUGCCAAAAUUAUGUAUUUGCAAUCACUGUCAUGUCAAAUCGGUUAUUGUUAAACUGCACUUAAGAAGGAGUGGGUCCUGAUGACACAAUGCAGCAUCAACUCUCUCCUCUCUCCUUGCCACCUCCUUAUCCUCACAACCUCUAAACUGUGCCAAAUUGCUUACCGGAUUUCGUGGAUAUUUGUGUAAGAAAUUACCACUGUUUAUAUUAGGGUUUGUGUUUGGCUUUUGUCUUGUUUAGUUGUUUAGUUCCGCUAAUCUUUUAAGAAUUGUUUGUAUUUGUGAAAUUCAUACACUUUCUUUCAGGAAAUGCAGAACUUUGAACAAAAUCGAAAUAUGUCAAUUUUAGUAAGUUUACAUGGUUUUUCGUAUACCACACAAACUAUAUGGAUAAAAUAUAAAUUACACAUAUCACGAGCAAAAUACAACUUAAUAUGAAUCAACAAAAGUUAAUUUGUAAUGUAUUAGUUUCAUUAUAUAUUAAAACACACUGAUAGAAAAAUUAAAAAUAUAUUUUGUUGAAAAGAAAGUGCCAAAAUUAUGUAUUUUACUUAUACCGCCAUUUGCAAUCACUGUCAUGUCAAAUCGGUUAUUGUUAAACUGCACUUAAGAAGGAGUGGGUCCUGAUGAAACAAUGCGGCAUCAACUCUCUCCUCUCUCCUUGCCACCUCCUUAUCCUCACAACCUCUAAACUGUGCCAAAUCGCUUACCGGAUUUCGUGGAUAUUUGUGUAAGAAAUGACCACUGUUUAUAUUAGGGUUUGUGUUUGGGUGAGAGGAAAAUAUAAACAGAUCAUGCUAAA